AUGGCUGGAGGGUUUCAGUUUCAUCGCCAGCCCAUGCAGAAUGCAUGGGGUGGUUCCAAUAACAACGGCCAGUUCAACAACAACAAUCAGUCGAAUCAAGGCAAUCAAUAUCCAAACCAAGGCGGAAAUUUUCAUAACGGCCCUCCUCCGGGAAACUACAACUUCAAUGGUCAGCACCCUGGCCACCAUAUGGGAUUCAGUCAAGCACCGUCGUUCAAUUCUUACGGAAAGUCUGAUGGUCCUAUGGAUCCUCCGCGGGGCCAGCAGAAUCCAGCUGGAGGUCGUCAGGGCCAGGGUCCGCCAGGUCAACCACCCAGACUGUUCAGUCCUCCUCCUUCUGGUCAACCAGGUAGUCGGCCGGGCUCAAGUUCUGGUCCUUCAGGUCAACCGCCGCGUGUGUUUAGCCCUGGCCCUUCCCAAGGUCCACCCAGAGUGUUCAGUCCUGGCCCUUCCCAAGGUCAGCCGCUCAGAGUCUUCAGCCCUGGACCCGAAUCUGGCCCUCACGGACAACAGCGAGUGAACCCGUUCCCACAAGGAAUGGGAUACGACCCUGCACGUCUUCAAGCAGGCCCAAGUAGCUGGAUUACGAAUAGGCGUGUAGAUUUGCCAGGAGCCGCAUAUGCUGCAGGAGAAGGGGUAAGUCUUUUGUUGAUUUCAUUCUCCCUUCCUCCUUAA